AUGAAUUGGUUUUGGAAAUUUUCAAACAUCGGUCAUAAUGUGUAUGAUCUGGAUAUCAGCGCCAAAUUCCGUUACCCGCGCUUCUCUAUGCCUAAGAUUACGAGUGAAGACCUGAGAAAGUCUGUGACUCUCGCCAAUGAAAGGGUUAGAAAGCGAUUAGAAGUACUCGAACCGCAGAUCUUUUCUAAUGGUGCGAUACAAACACCAGGGUCUGUGGGCUGGUUCAUAGCCGCGUCCGCCAAAACAAAAAUUAUUGCCAAAAAUUACUCGCGUUUAGCACUGAUUGCCGAAGAGGCCACCAAAACAUUAGUUAAUAAAAAUACUAUUCUUGGACGGGAAUGUCUUCAGCCUAUUGUGUCGCUUCCCUGUUAUCCCGGGAAGUAUAGGUCAUAUACUGGACACUGUAAUAAUGUACAGAAUCCCGAGUGGGGUAAUGCCAAUACCCCAUACCUAAGGACCUUAUCACCCGACUAUUCGGAUGGCAUUUAUAAACCAAGAAUAUCCAUAAACGGCGGUCACUUGCCGUCAGCGCGUGAAGUAUCGCUAACCAUACAUAUGGGCAGUGAUAACAUUCACUCCCAUAUGACUACUGUGACCACAUUUUUCGGUGAAUUUAUUUUCCACGACUUGGCGCACACGGCACAGGCUGUGGGACAUAAGGGCCAUCGAAUCAAGUGCUGUGAUCUUAAGAAUGGUUCUCAACAUCCAGAGUGUAUGCCUAUUGGUGUGAGAAGUGAUGACCCAAUACUGAGUGACUUAAGACAGGAUUGUAUGGAAUACGUGCGCUCUUCCACUGCCAUUAGGACGGGCUGUACGUUAGGCCCACGCGAACAGAUUAAUCAAGUGACCUCAUUUCUGGACGGAUCAGCAAUUUAUGGCUCAUCUCAAGAAGAAUCCCAAUCGUUGCGGAAGUUUAGCGCAGGAGAGCUGAGUACUCAGGAACAGUCAGGCACAAAAGGCCGCGAUUUACUGCCCGUCCAGAGCGACAACCUUCAGGACUGUAAGAGUUCCGGAAGGACUCGAUGUUUCAGAGCCGGUGACGUUCGGGUAAACGAGAAUUUAGGUCUAACUAUCAUUCACACCAUUUUCAUGAGAGAACACAAUAGAAUCGCUAGAAAUUUGGCUCUAAUUAACACUCACUGGACGGAUGAACAGCUUUUCGAAGAAACUCGAAGAAUAGUUGUCGCAGAACUACAACACAUCACUUAUAAUGAAUUCUUGCCAUCAGUAUUAGGACACCAAAUGAUGAAUAAAUAUAAUCUUCAACUUCUCAACACUGGAUUUUACAAUAAUUAUACCAUUAAUCAAAGCCCGAGCGUUGAUAACGCGGUCGCGUCGGCUGUAUUUGCUUUCAUAUAUACAGCCAUUCCUUCAAAUAUGGAAAGAUAUUCACAGGAAUUGCAGAAUUUAGGCUCAAUUAAAAUGGGGGACUCUUUCUACGAUCCGACAGAAAUAUAUCGAAAUAAUAAAUUUGAUGAAUACCUGAUGGGAAUGAUCAGUCAGAAUGCCAUGGGAUCAGAUCCAGUGGUGACAAAUGAAAUGAUUAAUGGUAUCAUAUCUAAUGAGGCCCUCGACUUGGUUGCACUUACCAUUCAACAGGGUCGGGAUCACGGAUUACCCGGUUAUACACAAUGGAGGAGAGGUUGCAAAAUAGAGCCAAAUGUCGAAGAAUUUAGUGAUUUAACGACUAUUAUGAAGAGCGAUGCCAUUAAAAAAUUAUCAAAACUUUAUGCUUCCGUUCACGACAUCGAUCUCUUUACUGGAGGUUUGGCUGAAAAACCAAUGAAAGGAGCAAUGGUUGGCCCAACAUUUGCCUGUUUACUCGGUCGACAAUUUUAUUUUCUUCGAACCGGCGAUAGAUUUUGGUAUGAGAACGAUAUGCCUCCCUCUGCCUUCAAUAAGGACCAGUUGGAUGAGAUCCGGAAGACAUCGUUGGCGCGUAUAAUCUGCGACAACGGCGACAAAACCGAUUUCGUUCAGCCGUCCUCUAUGAUAGCUUCGGACAUAUUCCUCAAUGCCUUUCAGUACUGCAGUACCGGAACUAUUAAUAGCAUUGACUUAAAUAAGUGGAAAACUGACAGCAAAUUAAUUCACUCGAUGUCUAAAAUCGAUAAAAAUAUGUUAACAGAGGAACUGAGAAGAGCCCGAAGAGAAGUGCAGAGUUUGAGACAAUCGGAGGCCGAGAACAUGCUGAAGAAGAACGGUGUGGCCGCUCCUAACAGCCCUCAGACCAGACUCUCGGGCUUUGUUAGGCCUAAAAGACAGGCGCAGAUCAUUAAUAAUCAGUCACUUGUCUUAGAGUUAGCCACAAAUGGUAUCGUAAAUAAUUUAUUAAGGAAUGGAAGGGACCGAGAGUUGGGUCGUUCACUAAAUGAGGACAUUCAGGAUUUUGUGCAGUCGUUGCCACAAAUGGAUUUGACUGAAUUGAUUGACAAUCAGGUGAUCAGUAAUGAACACAAGUCUCUGGCCAAGUGUUACGAGUCGGUGGUGCCAUGCGAUCACACGUCGCCCUUCCGGUCCAUCAGUGGCUUCUGUAAUAACGUUAAUAAUCCAGAGUUUGGCAAAAGUAUGCGAGUCUUCGACCGCAUCCUUCCCGCCGUAUAUGAAGACGGAAUCAAAUCUCAACGAAGACGGGGAAAGUCCGGCAAAAGCCUUCCGUCGCCACGAGUUAUCUCGACUACAAUUCACGACGACAUCAGUUCCCCUCACGUCAGAUACGCGUUAGCAACAAUGCAAUGGGGACAGUUUCUCGACCACGACUUGACCUUCACACCCAUGUAUAUGGGAGCCGGGGAUACACUCCUUGACUGCAAGUCUUGCACAUCUCGCAAGAGUGUACACCCGGAAUGUUGGCCGAUCCCUAUACCCAAAAACGACCCCUUCUUCCCAUCAGUCAAUUCGACGACUGGAGUCAAACAAUGUCUUCAUUUUGUUCGCUCACUCAAUGGUCAGACAACUCUUGGGCCGCGCGAACAGAUGAAUCAAGUGACCAGUUAUGUGGACGGUUCGGGUGUCUAUGGCUCUGAUAUAUGCGAAGCCAAUAGUUUGCGUACAUUUCAAAGCGGAAAACUGAAUUCAACCCGACAUCCAAAGGCUGGCUUCAAAGACUUAUUGCCACAAACGGCUACACACAUAGAGUGUAAGGCACCGUCAGGUCUUUGCUUUAUGGCUGGAGACAUGAGAGCCAGCGAACAGCCCAGUCUGGCCAGCAUUCAUACGAUGUUUAUGAGAGAACAUAACCGACUCGUUGAGGGCUUAUCUAAAGUGAAUCCUCACUGGAAUGACGAACAGCUAUACCAUAACGGAAGAAGAAUAUUGUCGGCAAUUAUUCAGCAAAUAAGUUACGGAGAGUUUUUGCCCAGAAUUAUAGGCAGAGACUAUGUGAACAGAUUUGGAUUAACACUUCUGCCAAAUGGCUAUUAUAAUGGAUACGACAGUCAGUGCAGUUCAACCAUUUUCAAUGAAUUCGCGGCCGCAGUCUUCCGGUUCGGACACAGCCUUCUUAAACCACAUUUUGAAAGACUGGACAGAAAUUAUAGACCGGUUGACGAGCCCUUGACUCUGAGAAGUGCUUUCUUCAACUCAGAUAUGCUUUACACGCGAGUGUCGACGAUAUCGACAUCUUUUCCGGAGGAAUACCAGAAACUCCAGUUCACGGCGGACUUAUAG